CUUAGAUCAGUGCUUGUCCCUGUCUCUUUCUGCCUUGCUCCAGGACUGCAAAGAGAGCCAUGGGGCUGUCUGUGGGUGUGUGUCGUCCUCAUAGUCUCACCGUAAAUUCCACGCCCCACGCCAUGGGCACAUGGGCUUUCUGGCCCACAAGCGGAGCAAGAGGCAUCGUGGGAAGGUGCGCUGCUGGCCCAGGGAUGAUCCCAAACUGCCUGUCCACCUCACAGCAUUCCUGGGUUACAAGGCUGGCAUGACCCACACCCUCCGGGAGGUACUCCGUAGUGGCAUGAAGGUAUCCAAACGAGAGGAGGUGGAGGCUGUUACUAUUAUUGAGACUCCUCCUGUGAUCGUGGUCGGAAUGGUAGGAUACAUCAACACCGUGAAGGGUCUGCGCUCUUUCAAGACCGUCUUUGCUGAGCACAUUAGUGAUGAGUGCAAGCGCCGAUUCUACAAAAACUGGCAUAAAUGCAAGAAGAAGGCCUUCUCCAAAUACAGCAAGAAAUGGCAGGAUGAAACAGGCAAAAAGCAGCUGGAGAAGGACUUUACAAUGAUGAAGAAAUACUGUUCUGUGAUUAGAGUUAUUGUCCAUUCUCAGAUGCACUUGCUGCCUCUGAGGCAGAAGAAGGCCCAUGUCAUGGAGGUGCAGUUGAAUGGUGGCACUGUGGCUGAGAAGGUUGACUGGGCGCGAGAGCGUUUGGAGAAGCCUGUGCCUGUGUCCUCCGUCUUCUGCAAGGAUGAGAUGAUUGACGUGAUCGGGGUGACUAAGGGCCACGGUAUGAAGGGGGUGACUUCCCGCUGGCACACCAAGAAGCUUCCCAGGAAAACUCACAAGGGCCUGAGGAAGGUGGCCUGUAUUGGAGCCUGGCACCCAGCCCGCGUGGGCUACACCAUCGCCCGUGCUGGGCAGAAGGGCUACCAUCAUCGCACAGAGCUCAACAAAAAGAUUUACCAAAUUGGGAAGGGGAUUCAUGUCCAGGAAGGCAACGUGGUUCGCAACAAUGCCUCCACUAACUAUGACACAACCCAGAAGACCAUCAGUCCAAUGGGGGGCUUCCCUCAUUAUGGCGAAGUAAACAAUGACUUUGUGAUGGUGAAAGGCUGCGUUGUUGGGACAAAGAAACGAGUGCUUACUCUCAGAAAAUCUCUCCUUAUUCAAGUUUCACGCAAGGCCAGGGAGGCCAUUGAGCUUAAAUUCAUCGACACUACCUCCAAAUUCGGCCAUGGUCGCUUCCAGACUGCUCAGGAGAAGUUUGCCUUCAUGGGCCCUCUGAAAAAACACCUGCUGAAAAAAGCAUCAGAUGCCCCAGAACAGCCUCAGUGAGGUCCUUUCACUAAUCAGCACAUAUUCAAAAUAAAAGACCUUUCAGAAACUGA